AUGCGCGAAGAAACUUCUCCGCCUAGGGAACCUAGUCCGUAUCGCCACCAUAUUCAUCACCAACCGCAGCAACAGCAGCAGCACCAACAAUUACAGUCGCCGUGCAUACAGCUCAUCCCUUCGCCAUCGUUUUCACCUCCUCAGGCUCCAGCAGUCGUCUUGAGCCCUUCCCUUGCCGCCCCCACAAGCCCGUCGCCCCAAUGCCUUUCUCCAACCACCACACUGGUGCCGUCUCCAAGCUCCAGGUGUUCUCCCAACCUCAGCGCUUCCAUCGACAACAUCUCGAGCCCAAAUUUUGUGAACAAGCUGAACGGUGGCCGACACUCGGAAACCUCCAAACAAACUAGUCAUAGUGUUAAGAAGAAAUGCGUAUGUGAAUGCCAAAACCAAAACUGUCCGAAGUGUGUCAAGAAUCAGGAGAGAAACAUCAACAAUAACCUCAUGAACAUCAACAAUAACGUUUUGGGCAGCCCUAAUACGUUGUCUGUGUCUAGGACCAGUUCAAGGGGAAAGUUACGUCAACAAAGUUCUUCGCAGGGUAGUUUUGAAAGUUUAUCGAAUUCGCCAUGCUUAUCUAGAGAUAGUAGUUGUGAGCAAUAUACAGACACAACAGGAGUUGAUCUGGAAAAAUUCAUACCUGAUACUCUCAAUAGAAAUGCUAAAGAUAGAGCGCUGAUGCUUCGUAUAGAACAGGAACUAGUCAAUCUUGCCAAAGAUAGAUGUAAAACACACUUUAAAUUUCCUCCUAUGUCCUCUUACCAGAGGAUGUUGGUCCACCGAUGUGCAGCCUACUUUGGCAUGGAACACAAUAUCGAACCAACUGGUAAAUCAGUAAUAGUCAAUAAAACGAAAUGUACAAGGAUACCUGAGGUAGAAUUCAAGGAUCAUGUCAAGGAGGAUAUCAUAUUCAGUGAGGAACCAAGACGGUCCAUCCUCAAAAGAGAUUCCAGUAGCAUAGAAGAUUAUUGUUUCAAGUCACCCGAUAGAUGUUUUAGCUUAGAAAGUAGAAGAAGUAAGAGCUUUGAAGAGCGAGAGGAGGAAUACGAGAAAGCUAGAAGGAGAAUAUUCAACAGAGAGGUCGAUAAGUGGUGGUUUUUAUGGCAGAUGCAGGACGGAUCUUCGGAGGAUUUCGGUUGGUCCGAAAUGCCUUGGUCGAGUACUGAGAGCGAUUGCUCCUCACGAUUCAGACUGCAACCACCGGAAAUUCAUCGACGGCAAACGGGAAAAUUGAUCAAAGGACACUCGGAAGAGCCUGGUGAGGCGACCAGACCAUGUGUAUCAAAGAGUUUCAGUUUUGGUGGAUAUGGAGGCACUAUUUCAGUUCUCAGCAGGGGUGAUAGCGUAAUGUCGACACACAGUGCUGGACCUAGACUACUCACAAAGCAGGGAAGAAUAUUUCUAGAUUCGGGAGCUAGUUCGGUGUCAUGGCGUUUAAGUCCCUCCAGUUCAGGCUACAAAUCGCAGUCCCAAAUGUCGGAGUCGGUGACUCCAUCGCCCACAUCAACUCCACAUCUCAUCAUGGAUGCCAGACAGAACUCCAACUGUAGCAGCGAGAACCAAGAUCAUCAGGAAAUCGACGAUAGUGGGGAUAAUCACGUCGUGUGGGCCGUGACAGACAUGCAGAACGUGCCUAGAGGAAGCAUUAUCAUCAAUCCUCAGACCGGAAAACCAUUGAAGAAUGAUGACGGCACCAUAUACCACUACGAUCCUACCAAUAUACCGGCCACUAUAUGUCAGAUGUUCGGCAAAGCUCCACCAUCGCCUCAGAGGACUCAGCAGCCUCAGUCUACUUCCAAAGAAAAUUUGUCGCAGUCUCCUAAAAAAACACGUUCUAUUAGAUCAUCACCCGCUUCGAAGUCUCAUCUCACAAAUAGCUCGACCAGUCCGAUCAUGCCUUUCUCACCAACUUUGGUUAACUCUUCAGGGUCUCAAAAUCGGAAUUUUUCAUAUGUAACAACUGAGAACAUUGCUUCUCCACCUCAACAGCAGCACCAGCAGCAGCAACAGUUUCCAGGGUAUUCAUCAACCUAUUCUACUCCUGUUACUGGUGAUACUACGGCUGUUUAUCAGCAGCCAUAUAUUGUUUACACUGCCCCUUAUGGUGUUCAUGUGCAACCACAAUUUGAAACAAGAAUGGAACCAACAAUGGUAUCUGAAUUAGCGGGAACUUAUUACAUGGGGGAGGGUUGUGGUGCUCCUCCAAGCCAAGCAAUUACCUACCAGCAAGCGCAUCAAAGUUACUGGAAUCAUCCAGUUUAUUAUCCUGGGAACACAGCAUCUAAUACUGUUUCUCAGAGAUAUCCGGCACAGCCAGGUUACAUCCCGACAGGGUAUUCUCAAAAUUUCAUGCCGCCACCUUCAUCACAGCUACAUCAGAACCCGCCAGAUUUUGUCCCAGUGUACCACAAUCAACAGAUGCAAGUUAUCUAUCAAACCCAACCAACUCCUCCGAGCCCUGUCGUGUACCCAAACCAACAGCCGCAGAUAUUGUAUACUCAGAAUCCUGUAUAUCAAACUCCGACAGCAUAUCCUCCGCCUCCCCCUCCUCAAAUCUCAGCUUACCCUCAAGGCACACCGACUCCCAACAGUUGCAGUUCAACAGCUUCUGGUCAAAUUUACACUGGUCACUCUGAAACUCAAACGUACGUUCAGUUGGCGCAGAGCAUCCAGCAACUCAAUUUAACUGGGAAUGGGCAAGCAUUCUUGAACCCUAAAGGAUCACAUCAUACCCAGUUCGAUUAUCGCCAACGCGGCCCAAACAACAGCAUGAAGAAUAAACAAUUCGGUAAGAAUUUUGCACUGGGUUCGAGUCAGAGCAGCACAGGUACCAAUUCUCCAGCCGCUACUGUCAUAGCCAGUUACUGCCCCACACCAAAUCAACAGUUGAUGUACAGGCCUCCUGAAACACCUCCAAAUCAGUUUGCUUAUCCACCAAAUUUCAAUGUACCUUCAGUUAUGUAUAAACCGAUGGGUAAUGUAAGAGCUAGCACUCCAGGGACUUCAAGGAGCAGUCGGUCUCCUACACCUGCUGGUGAAGUUCAGUUUUUUGACAGGCAGAGGAUGCCAAUUCCACCGCCGGCUGUGUAUCAAGGAAUGCCUUAUGUUGCACCAGUACCCGACCCCAGGCUUAUUCCUGGACGGGGACAACCGAGCAUGAACAGACAAGCUGCCCUACAUACAGUUCAACCAACUGGAAACUGUUUUCUCCCUGCAACUGACAACAGAUCUCGCAACAAGAGAGGAAAGGGAAAAACCAACCGUCAAUCUGGGCUGCCUCCUAGCGGAAGAUAAGUUCAAUGAGAAUGGUGUCUAAAGUAUUAUGUGAAGACUUUUAUUAUUUACGUUAAUAAAAGGUAAAACGUUAUGAUAUUAUCUAUUAACAAUGUUUACAUCGAUCGAACUACCCAGAAUUGUCGAGUAGAGGUUAGGAGUUCCUUUCUAUUUUUGUUAUCACAUCUUUGUGAAGCUGAUAACAAUUUUCCAAUAUUUUCUAGUAAACAUGCCAAUAACAAUUUUCAUUCUGCUUUGAGAACAAAAAAAAAACUAUUUUUGUAGAUAUGAAUAAUCUAACAUCAAAUUCUAAAAUGGAUGGUACUUGUAUAAUUUAUUGAGAUGUUUAAAAUGUCAUUAACUCUAGAGGUAACUUAGGUUGAAACAAACUAACUGGAGUGCUGGAAAAAAAAUUGAAUCAUAGAAUACUCUUGACGUCUCCCUUUUCACAUAAAUAAUAUUUACAACAUAGCUGUCAUCAACAUGUCAACAACAUGUUUUGUAACUGUAGUUCCAAACACAUUCCUCAAACUCAUUCUACAGCCAUGACAUCUUUUUUUUCCGUUCUAUUUGUACAGUUGUUUGCAUAAGAGACAAGACGUUUGAAAUUUCUCAGCUAUGACAACUAAACUUGACUUAUCAACUGAAAUAAAAUCAUCGCAUUUUAGUCGACAAUGUGUCCCUCGUUUGUCAAAGUAUUUUUAUUCAGAGACUUGCCUCUUUACUGAGAACUUGUCAAACUUUUCAAUUCUACUGGUAAAAUGAAUACAUUGAUUUUUAUAUCUAGCCAAGGGGUGUCUUUGAGAGUUUUACUCAUUAAAAUACUUGAUUAUGUAUUUUUGUAUUAGGAAGUCCAAUCUGAUUUUUUUCCAAAUUUCAAUGCAACCUGUACUGGGUAUUCCAUUAUACUAGGAGAAGACGUUUAAUGUUGUGAAUAUUCCCAUCUGAAUCAUUAUUAAACGUUACAAUUCUAAGUAUUCCACCUCUGAUAUGGUUUCAUACUCAAGAUUGGAAAGCUCAUUACCCAAAAAUCAAAUAUUUCUAUGAAUUUUGAAUGAUAAUUUGAAAUGAACAAAAACUAUCCACCAUGUAAAUGCAAAACAACCCAUGAAUGAAAUACAUUGAAUCAAACUUCAAAUUAAAAAAAAUUAACAGUAUUGUAUGAGAACAUGGACUUGUGGUAGUUGAAUUUUUUGAACUAUCAGAAGGUAACAUAUCCCAUGAGAGGAUUCUGAAAUUGUUUGUUCAUCUAUGACCAAUGAAAUGAUGAGUUUACUGUUUGAUUUCUUUUCAUAAUGCCUUGGCACUACUAGUUUGAUACUUUGAACAAAACAUCUGUCAAAAAGUUGUGUUUGUUAUGUUUUUCUUAAACGAUGACAAUGCUCAUUAUCUAUAUUUUCAAUUUUUUUAUAUAACUUCAUUUGGUAGUGAGUUUAAUCGAUUCAGUAACAGAAACUUUAAUAUCAAGAAACACCAUGUUUCUUGGAUAUCUAACGUUCCAAGAUCCAAGUUUAGUUUUGCUUGUUUCACACCCUUUGAGCUAUGUGUAGUCCUAGUUUUAACACUUUGUAAAAGAGAUAGAUGAACUUGUUGUUGGCACGUUGUAAGUUGUUUAAUUUUGAGGUAUAGGUAUUACUCUCCAAAAAAAUGCUCAAUGUUACAAGUUUCACACAAAUAACAAAGCACAAUAUUCUCGAGACCAAUUUGGAUUUACCGAUUUCAUGCAAAAUGUCAUGUUUAAUCUUAAAUGAGGGUGUAUUUCAUACAAUGCAAAUAUCUUAUUACAGAAAAAAAUAAUCUGAUUUGGUUAUUUUAAAAAAAAAUUUAUCUAACAUCGAACAUGAAGAAUAUAUGUUUUAUUUCUUCAAACUGCAAUAUAUUGGUUUUUGUUAUAUAAGCUCACUUCAUUUACUAAAGUCCUAGAUAUCUGACGGUUUCUUAUCCUAAGAAACUACUGCCUUUGAAAUACUUGUUUCUAUCAACUGAAAACAAUCAAAAAUAUGUGAUAAUUUGUCUUCUGGGGUUCUCUCCAAUACAUUACUCGGAAUUUGAUUUAAAUAUAUUUUCAAUCAAACUUCAAGAAAACAUUGCCUUUGCUUCACAAAAAAAGAAAUAAGCUUUGUGUGACAUUCACAUUUCAUUUAUUAUAUUUAUUUUGUAUGUUUCUUUCAGAGGAUAAGGGACCUGGGAACGAUAAAAAAAAAAUCCUGUGCUUUGUAUUUGAAUUGUAAAAAUCUGUUGUUCUUGCAAUAAAUACCAAGGGUCCAUUCUCAGUUGUUGACGUUAUACGUUGUGAGAUGUUUUACCGAAUUGUUGUUUUAUGUUGUAAGAGGGGUCGCAAUCUGAUCCCGAAAUUAUAGUACUUUUUCAUUUCCAGUGUUGUUUUUUUUUUCAAAUGUCAUCCUGAUUUUUUCUUGGCGGGUAUAUCCGUCUUUUCGAAUAUAGCAUAUUCAAAUUAAACUUCAAGAACCUUUUUAACGUUGAUGAUUCAAAAAUGAACGAAAAGUAUGAUUUUUUAAAGUAAAAAUGUUGAAAACUCAUAAAUUAUAGCUUAAUGCCCGAAUAAAAAAACCACCUCUCCAAUAGGAGUUGGUACAAACACCCUCAAAAGUUUUUGAGUUGUUUCCACCACCACCAGCUGUUGUUUCCAUAUGAAUGAUAACCCUCAGAAGUCGACACUUCUGUGGACUAAGGAUCAACAAGGUCUUAUUUUCACAUAUAUUACUUUUACACUUUUUUAAUAAACUGAUGUUUUUUAAGUUCAUGCUUCAUUCAUUUCAGCAGUAUACACUAAUCUUUAACAAAUCAUAUCAAAAGUAUUAUGAUUUAAAUGAUUGUUGAAUAUGCUAUAUUCACUUUGGUUUUCUAUUCAAACUCAGAUUAACACCCCUCAUUACUGAUUUUAAGGUUUUUAUUGUUAUUUGUAUAUUGUAUUGACUUUAUUGAGAUUUUAUGAAUGAUGUUGAUUUGUUGAUUGUGAAUUUGAUGUGAUACACAGAUGUUUUUUGAUACAAUCAAUAUGUUGAUACAUUUUUGAAAACCAGUUGCAGGUUAUUUUAAGUUUCAAUUGAGGAUGGUAUGUCCGUUUUGAAAUCCAUCCAUUUCUGGAGCUUAUACAAUUUUUUAUUGAAAUUCUAGAUGUCAAUUACAGUAGAAAUUCAUGAACCUUUUGUGAAACUAUGUACUUAAUUUUUGAAGUGACUGUUUCUCUUAUCUCUCUAUCGAAAGGUACCUCAUUCAUUUUUUUCAGUGUUUUAAAUAGAAAUUUAAACUUCUUUCUCCGAGUAGUAUUAUCUCUGUAGACGAAACAUUUUUGUUUAAUUAUAUAGAUAUGUGUAUAUUAUUUGUUUUUUUAUUUUUGUUCUAAUGUGCCUCAUACAGUUGAAUAAAUGUAUUUGAUAGGA